CGGGUGUACGCUGCCAGCGAAGAUGCCGCUUCGUUGCGUGGGGGCUGGCAGGUCGCGGCGGGGUGUUCGCUCCCUGUGGGCGAGGAAGUGGUGUGCAGGGCUGUCCGGAGGCUUUGUAGUGAGGUGCCGGGCGAAGUCUUCAGUGCGGGGAACGCGCUGUGCAAACAUAGGGAGGCUGCAGGAUGGUCGGCGGCCUUUGGGGAGGAGGACUACAGAGCCGGCAGGCCCCCCUGGGAUAAACAAGGCCUUUGAGAAACCUGGGACUGCAGGCUCGGUUGAAGCAGCAAUGGACCCCAGGGCAGUGUGGGUGAACGGGGCUGUGGGCCAGCCUGAGGUGGUUGGGCCUGCUGGGUCUGUGUGGGUGACUCGAUCUGGGAAGGAGGAGCCAGACCAUAGGAGUCCACCAAACUGUGAGAAAAAUGGUUGUCCAGGAACACUUGGCCACGAGAGCAUCCUCGAACUGUGGUUGAAGGUGCAGACUAUGAGGGUAGCUUCAGGAUGCUGGGAAAGAAGCAGAGUGGAGCUCCAUCCUCAUCCUGAGGGAGAGGAACCAGUCGAAAAGGGUAUUCCUGGGAGAGCUUCCUGGGUAGAGACCAGCCAAGGUGAUGUCACAGGACCCUGGGUGAGAGGACAUGCUAGGGCAUUCCCCCAGACCUCAGGAAUGCCCUCAGCUAGGGGAACAGGGGCAGGUUGUGGGAGAGUCUCCAUCUUCUGUAGGCAGGGACAAGCUGGGAAGACGCCUCCUGCUGUGGGUGAGCCUGGGAUAGUGGAGAAGGUAGGCUGUGCUGCCUUGGGCCCUUGGGAAAAAAGACAAACCGUGGGAGUGCCCGAGGCCAUAGGAUGGUCUGAGGCCUUAAAAAGGCCCAGAGCUGGGGAAGUGAGGGAAUAUUUGAGUACCUCAGGUCUGUGUGGGGGAGGGCAGUCAGUACAGGUUUCUGGGGCUCUGGCAGAAGAAGCUGUGUAUGGGCAUAUGUUAUGGGAAAGGGAGCAAAUUGUAGGGAAUUCUGAUGCAUUGAUGGUACUGCCCAGGGCUAUGGAAGAUGAAACUAUCCCCCAGGGGGUCCAAGGGUUGUGGCAAAGGAGACAAGAGGUGGAAGAUGUAGGUUCUGGGAGUGUUCCUGGCCUGAGAGCCAUAGGGCAGCCUGUAGGAGUAUCUUGUGCUAGAAAAGGGGGAGCUAAGUUUGGAGGUGACCCAGGGCCAUGGGGAGCUAUGCAGGCUGUAGAGCUAUCUCCGUCUGGGGAGCAGGAGGCAGGUUCUCAAGAUGUCCAAAGCAUGUGGGGUAGAGAACGGGCAGUGGGAGCAUCCAUAGUUUUGGGGAAGGAGGCAGAUGAUGCAGGUGUUCCAGGACUGUGGGGAACAGGGCAGCUGCCAGGCUUGCAGACUGUGGUGAUACCAGGAGAUAGGGAAGAAGAAACCAGCUAUGUCUCAGGCUUUGGGGAGAGGCAGCAGGCUCUAGGGUCUCCUCUGGCUGAGCCAUUACCAGGACCAGUUAUGGAGGAGACACACAGUAAAAAUCUCCCAGGCUUUUGGGAAAGGCGGCAGAUCAUGAGGGAGCAAGAGGCUCAGGAGCCUGCAGCUUUAGGGAUACUUGGGGCUGUGGAUCAGGAUGCUAGUUGUGGGGGUCCCUUAUGCCUAUGUGGGAGGAGGCAGGCUAUGGGAUUGAUUGAGACAGAGGUGAUGCCAAAACACAGGUGUGCUACAGAAGGAGUACCCUCAGCUCUGGGUGUACCUGUUGCCUUGUGGAUGUGUCAGGAAAGCAGCUCUGCAGAUGGUAUGAACCUGCCAGAAAGAACUCAUGCUGCCUCUGGGAGGCCCAUGGCUCCUGAGGAGUGUUCAUCUGUGGCAGAGGAUGCUGAGUCUGGGUCUCUCCCAGGUUCAUGGGGAAGGAGACCAGCUAUUGGGGUUCCCAUGGCUCCUGAAAUACCUGGUUCUAUGGAGGUAGAGGCUGGCUCCAGAGGUUUCCCAGACUUGUCAGGAAGAACACAAACUGUAGGUAUAGCUGCAAUUGAAGGGGUAGCACCAGCUGGGGUGGGCAUGGCUCCCAGGGUAUCUAGUUCUGUCAGGGAGCACAUUAGCUCUAGGAGAGUCUCAGACUCCGUAGGAGGUAGGCCAGUUACAGGGGUGUCCAUGACUUUGGGACUCCCUUUGUCCACAGGGGAUGAGAUACUUUCUGAGAGUUUACAAAGAAGACAGUCUGCCAUGAUGCCUAUGGCUAGAAUUGCCACAAGUAUGGGAGUGCCCACAGCUUCUGGGCUCUUUGGAACUCACAGGGUGGUGGACAGUGGCUAUGGAAAAAGCUCAGGGAUGUGGCAAAGAAGACAAAUGACUGAGGUACCUGCUGCUGCCAGAAUCUCUAGCCUUGAGAGGGAAGCAGGCUCUGAAGGUGUCUCUGCUCUGUGGAGGGUACACAGUGGAACAGUUUCUGAGGCAGUGAGGGGGCCUUUGCAUCAGGGGAUGAUUGCAGCUGUUGGGGUUCCUGUGGUCGGACAUGUACCUGCUACAGUGUGGAUGACUGGGUCUCCUGGAGAGGAAGCAAGUGUAGGUGACUGUGACCUAAAGGGGGUUACAAGACAGUCCAUUGAAGGAAUAAGGGCAUCAGGGGAGGAAACAGGGAGUAGAGGGAUCCUGGGACUUGCAGGGAGGGGCCAGGCUAUGGGGGUGUCUUACGCCUGUGAGCUUGGUGGCAGGAUGUGGGGCAGUCCAAGGUCUGCAGGGGAGGAUACAACCUAUGACAGUUUUCCCAGAGUAUCUGCAAGGAAAACAACUGUGCUGGCAGUUUCAAAGGAGGACAUAGGCCUUGGCCAUUUCAGAGGUGAUCUGCAGGGGAAUGGGAGGAGAGCUAUGGAAGGAGUUCCUGAAGCUGGAGUGAGAGAGAAUGAUUUGGGAGAGAGGGGAGAGGAAGGAUUGUGAGGCACCUUCCAGUAGAUAUGCAGAAAGCAUU